AUGACUACGAUGAUGAUAGGCACCCUGUCAACUUUUGAUGCAAAAGAGCAGACUUGGGAAGAGUACUGCGAGGUUCUUGAUCAGUUUUUUGAAGCUAAUGGGAUCGAUGAUGGAGAGAAACAGAGGGCUAUCCUAAUCAGCGUGGUCGGUCCAGCAACGUACAAGCUCAUGAGAAACCUGCUGAGUCCAUAUAAGCCAUCUGCGAAAACAUUCGAUCAGUUAAAACAAGUAAUGAAAGAGCACUUCAAUCCUAAACCAAGCGAGAUGGUGCAGAGAUAUGUGUUUGACUCGCGUUCACGUCAGCCUACGGAAUCUGUGAGUGCAUAUGUAGCGGAGCUCAGACGACUAGCUCAUGAAUGUAACUUUGGCACUACACUGGAGCAAAGGUUAAGAGAUCGUCUUGUGUGCGGUAUGAAUGACGACCGGAUUCAAAGACGUCUGCUCUCCGAAAUAAACCUGACGUUUGAAAAAGCAUUUAAGAUAGCAGUAGCUGCAGAAACUGCAAGUAAAAAUGCCCAAGACCUACAAAAGGCGGCCGUAGCAUGUAACAGCAUGAAAACGGAGGGAAAUGAGACAAGAGGAGAAUGGAGAAACAAAGAGAGAGAUUGUUAUCGUUGUCACGGAAGGCACAGUGCAGCCGAAUGUAGAUUUAAAGAUGCCAAGUGUAAUUUCUGCGGGAGAGUAGGGCACAUCGCUAAGGCUUGUAGGAAUAAAAGUAAGGAUGAUGCCCGUCCCAGUGAAACCAAAGCACACAGAGCAGAGCGGCGCGCACGCUUUCAACCCCGUCCACACAGGUCACACAACGUGUGUGAGAGACAAAAUGAUGAUGAUAGCUCUGAUGACGAAGAAGCAUUCAUACUGGCAUGCCUGAAUACAGAAACUUCCAUGCAGAGAAUUAAACCAUUCGAAGUCAACGUGGAAGUGAAUAAAAAGAAAGUACACUUCGAAAUAGACACAGGAUGCAGUGUGAGCAUUAUGAAUGAAAAUAAAUUCAAUGAGAUGUGGAAAGAAAAGAAACGCCCCAAAUUAAAUGAAAGCAAAAUGUCUCUGAAGUCAUACACGGGAGAAAAAAUCAAAGUAGUGGGAGUUUCUGAAGUAAAAGUAAACUAUGCUCAGCAAGUUAAGACAUUACCCCUAGUGGUGGUGAAGGGCACUGGACCUAGCUUGUUAGGUAGAGGCUGGCUGGAGGCUUUAAAGCUCAAGUGGGAUGAAAUUAAACAUGUAAAAACAGAUGCACAUGAGCUACAGGAAGUACUGUCAAAGCAUGAGGAUGUUUUCAAAAAAGAACUAGGCAUGUUAAAAGGCAUGAAGGCAACAAACCGUGUGUCUGCGAAUGCCCGUCCAAAGUUCUAUAGGCCCCGCUCAGUUCCGUAUGCCAUGAGGGCGAAAGUAGAAGAGGAGAUAGAUAGGCUCCUGAAAGAGGACAUCAUAACACCUGUCAAGUACGCUGAGUGGGCGGCGCCAAUUGUUCCGGUGUUGAAGCCGGAGGGCUCCAUUAGAAUAUGUGGCGAUUACAAACUAACAGUAAACAGCGCCUCCUCACUAGAGCAAUACCCUAUUCCUCGUGUAGAAGACCUGUUCAAUACACUGGCAAGAGGGACACGGUUCUCCAAACUUGAUUUAAGCCACGCCUAUCAGCAGAUCGUGAUGGAUGAUGACUCCAAGAAAUACCUAACGAUAAACACACACAGAGGCCUUUUCACCUACAAUAGGCUCCCGUUCGGAGUUUCAUCUGCUCCAGCCAUAUUUCAGAGAACAAUGGAGAGUUUGUUGCAAGGCCUGCCCGGAGUAGCUGUUUACCUUGACGACAUUUUACUGACUGGAAGAGACACUGUAGAGCAUUUGAGCACGCUGGAGGAGGUACUCAGGCGACUGGAAGAGGCAGGACUGCGACUGCGCAGAAGCAAGUGUGCAUUCUUGCAAGACCAGGUUGAGUACUUGGGUCACAAGAUUGAUGCUGAAGGCCUGCACCCAGUGCUGAGCAAGGUAACAGCCAUCGAGGAAGCUCCACCUCCAACCACAGUGACUGAGCUGAAAGCAUAUCUUGGCCUUUUAAACUACUAUAAUAAGUUCCUUCCUAAUCUCGCCACACGUCUAGCACCAUUACACAGAUUGUUAAGAAAAGACAUUCAGUGGACUUGGAAGAAAGAACAAGAAGAUGUGUUUUGUUUGUCUAAACAGCUGCUGAAAUCAGCACAAGUCCUGGCUCACUAUUCAGCAGACAAAGAACUUGUGCUGGCAUGCGACGCCUCACCGUACGGAGUCGGCGCCGUGCUGUCACACAUCAUGGAAGACGGAAGUGAAAAACCCAUAGGCUUCAUGUCACGCACACUGACACCAGCUGAACAGCGUUACUCACAGCUCGACAAGGAGGGGUUAGCCAUCAUAUUCGGAAUCAAGCGAUUUCACAAGUAUAUCUAUGGACGAAGAUUCACGAUCAGCACUGAUCACAAGCCAUUGAUCUCGCUUUUCCAUGAAAAGAAGCCGGUGCCACAGAUGGGGUCACCAAGAGUGCAACGGUGGGCAAUACUUCUGAGAGCGUACGAGUACAAUAUGGUGUACAAGCCAGGCAAAGACCACACAAACGCAGACGCAUUGAGCAGGCUACCACUGCCACACAUUGAAGAGGAGGAUGACACAGGACAGGUCCUCAUGCUGGAUGUGGUGGAAGACCCACCAAUCACAACAGCCCAAGUGAAGCAGUGGACUGCGAAAGAUGAAAUAUUAUCACAAGUGCUGUUGUGGUGUUUGCAUGGCUGGCCAAAGGAGGUGGCUUCAAUGUUCAAGGCCUACAGCCAGAGAAGGCUUGAACUCAGUGUCAGAGAUGGAUGUGUGCUCUGGGGAGCGAGAGUGGUUGCUCCAAAGAAGGGGAGGGCCACCCUUUUAAAACAUCUACACUACACACACCCAGGCAUCUCCAGGAUGAAGGGCUUGGCACGUUCAUACGUGUGGUGGCCAGGUAUGGAUGCUGACAUAGAAAGAGAAGUACAGUCCUGCCACACAUGCCAGGAAAACAAAAAGGCUCCAGCUGCAGCUCCUCUCCAUCCCUGGGAGUGGCCAGAGACACCCUGGAGUAGAUUGCAUGUUGAUUAUGCCGGCCCUCACUUAGGCAGGAUGUUUCUUAUCGUGAUCGAUGCACACUCAAAAUGGCUUGACGUGUAUCCAACAAGUAAUGCAACAAGCCAAGUCACCAUUGAAAAACUCAGACAGUGCUUUAGCACACAUGGCCUGCCUCAGACAAUAGUAUCUGACAAUGGCACAUGCUUCACAAGCCAAGAGUUUGAAUCAUUCCUGAAACAGAACGGUAUACAGCACAUAACAUCUGCACCCUUUCACCCGGCAUCAAAUGGCCUAGCCGAAAGAGCCGUGCAAACGUUCAAACAAGGAAUUAAGAAAACAAAAGGAGAUACUUUGGAAACCAAAAUAGCAAGAUUUCUGUUCAAUUACAGAAUAACACCCCAAAGUACGACUGGCUUGUCUCCAUCUGAAAUGCUGAUGUCUAGGAGACUGCGGUCCACACUGGAUCUUCUGCUGCCCGAUGUGAAGUCAAAGAUUCAAAAGAAACAACUCAAACAGAAAGCACAACAUGACUUACACGGCAAAUGGAGAAGCUUCUCUCCUGGUGACGACGUGUACAUCCGAAACUAUGGUCACGGACCAAGGUGGGUCCCAGCCGUCAUUGAGAUGAACACAGGGCCUGUCUCCUACACAGUGCAGACAGGAGAUGGACGCGUCAUGAGACGUCACGUGGACCAGAUCCGUAAACGUCACCCGUCGAUGACAGAGACAUCCAUGCCGGACAUGACACUGGAGCCCAUGAGUCUUCAGGUUCCAGAGAACGCAGCGGAGGCUUUGACCAGAGACUCUGCUGUUCCAGCGUCAGUGAGAGGAGAAGGGAGUGAGCCCACUGAAGGGAGUGAGCCCACUGAAACAGCCCAGGUUCACCCUCCAGCUGAUCCGCCAGAGACGAGUGCAGACUCACCACCGGUGCUGCGACGCUCUGAGCGCACAAAAAAGACUCCAACUCAUCUGAGAGACUUUGUGAACUAG